AGCGGCUGGAGGGCCUGGUUACGAAUACGCUACUCCAAGAUGGACGGUGGAACUGAUGAGCAGCGACUUAAAAGGACUAAAAAAAAUGUUCCAUCGUCAAAUAAGAUAAUAGAUGCAAAACAAAAAACAGAGGAAGAGGAAACAGUCGAGCAUGACGAUGAUGCAGAUAAGCACUGUUCCAGAAAAGAUGGUGGCUGGGGGAAUAAUGAUUUCCAACGCAAGCAAGACGAAGGGGACAGCGACAUAGAAGCAGAGGGGAAGGAGCUGGAAUUGCUGGUUGAUGAGGACGGACGCCUCGUUUUCGACGGAGGCCAUGUCGACUACUCUUUCCGCUCCUUCCCUGCGGCCUUUCCUUCCUUCUGUACUGAUGCUACGUCUUCCUCCGUCCUGUCCACCUUGCUGCACGAUUGUCGAGUAGCCAGCACGGCAAGGGCGCAGGCCAAGGCUGGGGGAGACUACAGCGAAGGCGAGACCUUUUUCAUCACCGCCGACACCAAGCCCAAGGUGCAACUGGAAGCGCUGGCCCUGUCGAUAUUCUGGGCGCACACCUCUCAAGCCACCUACACCGAAGGACAUAGCGGGGCAGAAUGGUGGGUGCAGGUGCUGGAGGAGGAGGACGACAUUGGCCUGCAUUUCGACAAGGACUAUGCCCUGGAAGCACACGGUCUCAACAUCUACCCUCACCUGGCCACGGUCACCUACCUCUCUUCCUUGGGAGGUCCCACUCUGGUCCUUCCCCUCUCGGGCCCCCUGCACGUGGGGGAAGACCUGUCCGGCGCGCUCUCCGGAGCCUGGCUCUCCCUGCCCGCCGUGGGCAAACACACCGUCUUCGAUGGACGCCUGCUACACGCGGCGCCCGCGGAAUUGCGGGGACUGUGGGCCGACGAAGACGGUUGGGAGGAAGGUGGGAGGGCGGAAAGGAAAGGGGGACGGAAGCGGGUGACCCUCCUGGUGAACGUCUGGCUGAAUCACAUUCCCAACGGCUCGGAACGGCCGUCGCCCUCCCUCCUCCAGGCCCUCUCUCCCUGCGACUCUGCCGCCCCAUUGGAAUGUAGAAUCCCCUUGGCCCCUCCCUUUCAGCGAGGGGAUGCCGAGGAAGGGACUAUCUCGUCCUCCCUUGCGUCCCCCGGCGCCUCUCAGGUGACGGAGGUGACGCUAAGAGGAGGGGCGGUAGGGGAAGGAGCGGCCCAACGGGCAUCGUGGAGGUUGGGAGGUGAAGCCAAGCAGAGGUAUAAGGUUUCAAUCCUUGUGCCCGCUGAGGAGGGGAGGAAGUUCUCGAGGGAGGACGAAGGCUCCACUGUGAGGCUGAUGUUUAAGGAGGGGGUGACGGGGAUGGUGGUACGGGAGGUGGGAAGGAAGGGAAAGAGGAAGCGGGUGGUGAAUGAGGGGGAGGAGGAGGAGGAGGAGGAGGAGGAGGAUGAUGAUGAUAAUGAUGAUGAUGAUGAGGAUGAGGAUGAGGAGGAGGAUGGUGAUGACGGGGAGGAGGAUGAUGGAGAAGAGGAAGAAGAGGAGGAGGAGGAUGGUAUUGAGGGGGAGGAAGAUGAUGGAGAAGAGGAAGAAGAGGAGGAGGAGGAGGAGGGGGACAAGAAGAAGGAGGAGGAGGAGGAGGAGGAAGUGGAGGAGGAGGAGGAGGAGGAGGAUUAA